CGCUCUUGUAACAAGAGAAAACGAGAGGAGGAAUUAUUGGGGACGUCAUUCGGGAUGAGUCUCACACACACACACACCACUGAGACGCUCUCACACACACACGCACACAACUGAAACACUAUCACAUGCGCUACUGAAUUUUUCGGGGUCAUUCAUCAAACUAAAAUGCUCUCACAUGCACUACUCAAACACACUCUACUGAGUUUUUUUUUUUUCUCACAUACACAACUGAAUUGCUCUCACACACUACUGACAUGAUCUCACACACACACUACUGAAACACUGUCUCUCACACACACACACGCGCACACUAUACACAUUACGGAAAUGCUCUCAUACAUCAUACUGAACUGAACAUCAUCCAGACUGGAAUGCACGUUUCAAUAUUGACGGCCCCUCUUAAUAAAAUUAUUAUCAUUUCAACUAUUAAUAUUUUGGGCUUCUCAUGGCAAACUGUAAGGAUUUAAAAAAAAUUGUGAGUGUGUGUGUUUUUGAGACAACGGUGGAGAGAUUAGCUUUGGCUUGCAUCUGCGCUAAACCUCUUACACGCCGAACGUUGUAACGCACAUACAAACAAACACUCAUCAUGCGCACACUAAUGCAUUACAGAACACAUGUGCUAAAGCCACAUCUGUUCGCACGGGGAAGCGUUUGCAUGUACCGUGCAUCUGGACUGGGUCAUAUCCUGCGUGUGCGCGUGUGUGCGUGUGAGGAUAAAUAAUGACUGAAUGGAUGAGUCUUACUGUCAUCAUUCACCACCCGUUUCUGUCACGAUGUCCACACAAAUGCUUGAUUUGCGUUCCAUAUAAGUGGAUGUGCGAGCGUGUGUGUGUGAUCCCGUGGGAGCGAGCGUCUUCAUUUUCCUCCCAUCAGUGUGGAGAUGAAAGUGAAGGAUGAGAGGAGUUUUUGUGGGAUAUUCCAGGAAGGGUCAUUUUUGGAGGCAUUUCACUCUCAGGAUUUUUUUUCUUUCAGAUCCAACUCAGAUUCAUUUACAUCAGAAAACUUCAAUGUUCAAAUACUUGUGUAAAGUGCAUGUUACUGGAACUUACUGGCACCUGGCAGGCAGUUGAGAGGCCCUUUUUUCCCCCCCCACCCAUAUUGAUUGAUCGGUGGAGACAGUCCGAGUUAGGAAGUUGUGGUCAUGGCCCAUGCUGCUGCCCACUUGAAGAAGGCGCGCGAGAUCGAGCUUCAUCCGGAGUACAAGGCGCUGCAGAAAGAACGCGAAAGGCGACGGCGCCAGCGGGAGAGAGCCGAGCGAAAGCGGCAGUCGGACAGCAGCACCAGUUUCCUGCGGGCUGCCAGAGCUGGAAACAUCGAGAAAGUCCUUGAGUUCUUGAAAAAUGGAGUUGACAUUAGCGCCUGCAACCAGAAUGGUUUGAACGCCUUGCAUUUGGCGGCCAAAGAGGGACACCAGGAUCUAGUUGACGAACUGCUGGAGAGAGGAGCACCUGUUGACUCAUCCACUAAGAAAGGAAACACUGCCCUUCACAUUGCCUCGCUGGCCGGGCAAAGAGAGGUGGUCCGCCUCCUGGUGAAGAGAGGAGCUGACGUCAACUCGCAGUCUCAGAAUGGCUUCACUCCGCUCUACAUGGCCGCACAGGAGAAUCACUUGGAGGUUGUAAGAUACUUGUUGGAAAAUGACGGAAACCAGAGUAUUGCAACAGAGGACGGCUUCACCCCACUCGCCAUCGCGCUCCAGCAGGGUCACAACGCGGUGGUGUCCCUGCUGCUGGAGCACGACACCAAAGGCAAAGUGCGUCUGCCCGCCUUGCACAUCGCCGCCCGCAAGGACGACACCAAGUCAGCCGCGCUGCUGCUCCAGAACGACCACAACGCCGACGUCCAGUCCAAGAUGAUGGUCAAUAGAACUACCGAGAGUGGUUUCACCCCUCUGCACAUCGCCGCUCACUACGGCAACGUGAAUGUCUCCACCCUGUUGCUGAACAGAGGAGCCGCUGUGGACUUCACAGCCAGGAACGGAAUAACGCCUCUGCAUGUGGCCUCAAAGAGAGGCAACACCAACAUGGUGGUCCUGCUGUUGGACCGAGGAGCUCAGAUCGACGCAAAAACAAGAGAUGGGCUAACUCCUCUACACUGUGCGGCCAGGAGUGGACAUGAUGCAGCAGUGGAGCUGCUGCUGGAGAAAGGUGCACCUAUUUUGGCCAGAACGAAGAACGGACUGUCGCCGCUGCACAUGUCAGCCCAGGGCGACCACGUGGAGUGUGUGAAGCUGCUGCUGCAGGACAAGGCCCCCGUCGAUGAUGUCACACUGGACUACCUCACAGCGCUGCACGUGGCGGCUCACUGUGGCCACUACCGGGUCACCAAGCUGCUGCUGGACAAGAAGGCCAAUCCCAAUGCCAGAGCGCUCAACGGAUUCACUCCCCUACACAUCGCUUGUAAAAAGAACAGGGUGAAGGUGAUGGAAUUGUUGGUGAAAUAUGGAGCAUCCAUCCAGGCCAUUACUGAGUCUGGCUUGACUCCCAUCCAUGUCGCUGCCUUCAUGGGCCACCUCAACAUCGUUCUACUUCUGCUGCAGAACGGAGCCUCGCCUGAUGUCUGCAACAUUCGCGGCGAGACAGCUCUUCACAUGGCGGCGCGAGCAGGCCAGAUGGAGGUGGUGCGCUGUUUGCUGAGGAACGGCGCGCUGGUGGACGCCAUGGCCAGGGAGGACCAGACUCCCCUCCACAUCUCAUCCCGUUUAGGGAAAACUGACAUUGUGCAGCUGCUCCUCCAGCACAUGGCCCACCCGGAUGCCGCCACCGUCAACGGUUACACCCCCCUCCACAUUUCAGCCCGAGAGGGCCAAGUGGAGACAGCCGCCGUGCUCCUGGAGGCCGGAGCGUCGCACUCCAUGGCCACCAAGAAAGGAUUUACUCCAUUACAUGUAGCUGCUAAGUACGGAAGCCUUGAUGUAGCAAAACUACUACUUCAACGCAAAGCUCUCCCUGAUGAUGCAGGCAAGAAUGGACUAACGCCGCUCCAUGUAGCAGCUCAUUAUGACAACCAGGAGGUGGCGCUCCUGCUGCUGGACAAAGAGGCCUCACCCCAUGCUACUGCAAAGAAUGGCUACACUCCUCUUCACAUCGCGGCCAAAAAGAACCAGACCAACAUUGCGCGAGCGCUGCUGCAGUAUGGCGCAGAGACCAAUGUUCUGACCAAGCAGGGCGUCAGUCCUCUUCACCUGGCUGCACAGGAGGGACACGCUGAGAUGGCCAGCUUGUUACUGGCCAAGGGAGCUCACGUCAACGCGGCAACCAAGAGUGGGCUGACUCCUCUGCAUCUCACAGCACAAGAGGACAGGGUCAGUGCUGCAGAGGUGUUAGCCAAACAUGAUGCCAACCUGGACCAGCAAACUAAGCUUGGCUAUACACCUCUGAUAGUAGCCUGUCACUAUGGAAACGCCAAGAUGGUCAACUUCCUGUUACAGCAAGGUGCCAGUGUCAAUGCCAAAACCAAGAACGGAUACACACCUCUCCACCAGGCAGCACAACAAGGGAACACGCACAUAAUCAAUAUUUUGCUGCAGCAUGGAGCCAAACCAAGUGCUACUACAGUGAAUGGAAACACUGCUCUAUCCAUUGCCCGGCGUUUGGGUUACAUCUCAGUGGUGGACACGCUGAAAGUGGUCACUGAGGAAGUCAUCACUACCACAACAACGGUCACAGAGAAACACAAACUCAACGUCCCGGAGACCAUGACGGAAGUCCUUGACGUGUCUGAUGAAGAAGGUGAGGACACAAUGACAGGCGACGGAGGCGAAUACCUGAGAGCAGAGGAUCUCCGAGAGCUUGGCGAUGACUCUCUACCGGGACACUACUUGGACAGCUUCAGCUACAUGAGCCACAACCUGGACAGGCCUCAGCCCCAAAGCUUCCAUCAGAGGGAUGGCAUUCUCAUUGAGGACAUGAUUACCAGCCAUCAAGUGUCGGUACUGUCAAGGGAGCAAGACAAGGACUCGUUCCGCUUGAGCUGGGGAGCUGAGCACCUCGAUAAUGUGGUACUGUCCUCCAGUCUGCUGCAUUCUGGCAGUUCGUCUCCUUGCCUAGACCAUGACAACAGCAGCUUUCUGGUCAGUUUCAUGGUCGACGCAAGGGGCGGGGCCAUGCGUGGCUGCCGUCAUAAUGGCCUAAGAAUCAUCGUGCCGCCAAGGAAGUGUUCCGCACCUACGAGGGUGACGUGCAGGCUGGUGAAGAGACACCGUCUGGCCUCCAUGCCCCCUAUGGUCGAAGGGGAGGGGCUGGCCGGUCGCAUCAUCGAGGUGGGACCCACCGGAGCCCAGUUCCUGGGUAAGCUCCACCUUCCCACAGCUCCGCCCCCUCUGAAUGAGGGCGAGAGUUUGGUCAGUCGUAUCCUGCAACUGGGUCCGCCAGGAACCAAGUUCCUCGGUCCUGUCAUUGUGGAGAUCCCACAUUUUGCCGCUCUGAGAGGCAUUGAGAGAGAGUUGGUCAUCUUGAGGAGUGAAACGGGAGAAAACUGGAGGGAGCACCACUGUGAUUUUACUGAAGAGGAGCUCAACCAGAUACUUAAUGGAAUGGAUGAAAAACUGGAUUCCCCAGAGGAGCUUGAGAAGAAAAGAAUCUGCCGCAUCAUCACGCGAGACUUCCCACAGUAUUUUGCCGUAGUGUCUAGGAUAAAGCAGGACAGCCAUCUGAUUGGCCCAGAGGGCGGCGUCCUCAGUAGCACUCUUGUUCCUCAGGUCCAGGCUGUCUUCCCUGAAGGAGCCCUCACUAAGAAGAUCCGAGUUGGGCUACAGGCUCAACCCAUUGAAGUUGAUGUGGUGAGAAAGAUCCUUGGCAACAAGGCAACAUUCAGUCCAAUUGUCACACUGGAACCAAGAAGAAGGAAGUUCCACAAACCAAUCACCAUGACAAUCCCUAUUCCCAAGAGCUCAAACAAUGAAGGAGUCGGAUCUGUGUACAGUGGGGAGACGCCCACCUUACGCUUGCUUUGCAGUAUUACGGGCGGGACAACACCGGCUCAGUGGGAAGACAUCACUGGCUCUACACCGCUUACCUUUGUUAAGCAGUGCGUUUCCUUCACGACCAAUGUGUCGGCAAGAUUCUGGCUGAUAGACUGUCGACAAGUGCAGGAUUCUGUUAGUUUUGGCUCUCAGUUGUACAGAGAGCUCAUUUGUGUCCCAUACAUGGCCAAGUUUGUCAUCUUUGCCAAGACCUUGGACCCCAUUGAGGCACGACUUCGCUGUUUCUGCAUGACCGAUGACAAAAUGGACAAAACACUGGAGCAGCAAGAGAACUUCACAGAAGUUGCACGAAGCCGAGAUGUUGAGGUCCUGGAAGGAAAACCAAUAUUUGCUGACUGUUUUGGAAACCUGGUGCCUCUAACCAAGAGUGGGCAGCAUCAUGUCUUCAGCUUCUUUGCCUUCAAAGAGAACCGACUAGCUCUCUUUAUUAAAAUUAGGGAUACAGCACAGGAGCCAUGUGGUCGGCUUUCCUUCACGAAAGAACCACGCACGUACCGCAGUCUGAACCACAAGGCAAUCUGCAACCUUAACAUAACCCUCCCGACAUUUUCCAAGGACUCCGAUUCAGAGCAAGACAUGGAUGACGAGAGUGAGAAGAGUGACAAGAAAUAUGAUGAAUCUGAAUCAGUGGAGACAUUCUCACUGAAAACAAGUCAAGCGAUGGACCCUGCGACCCUUGCAAGCCCGGAUCUUCUCUCUGACAUGUCAGACAUAAAAAUUCCUGUUUUGAAUUCCGAGCAAGUGGAUCACUUCCAAAUUUCGGAGGCAGAUGUUUCUGGAUGGACUGAAGAAAAGGAGACUCUGGCCACCUAUGAACCCCAAGAGUGGUGUGGAAAGGUUGGAGGAAUUCAAACUAACAGGAUUAGUAACACUAAAGAGGAAGUGCAAGAGGAUAGUGCAAGAAAAGCUAAGAGGUUCUCGGCCUUUGAGUCGCCUGAAGUAAGGAAUGUUGAAAUAAAGAGCACUUUAGGUAGACCCGCCACAGAGGACAGAGACAUGGCAAGCAUGGACUCAUACCUUGGCAUAGACAAAAAAUUGGAACAGCAAGCUGCAUUGACGGGUGUUUCUCAGGAAGAGGUUGCCCAAGAAACUAGCGAACAGCCUAUUGUGAAUUUUAAUGGUAAACAAAGGCCCCCAGACAUCAAGAAACCUAUUAGGAGGAAGCUACGAGACAGAGAACGUUCUGGAUAUAGUAGCUCUGAGGGAGAAUUAGAAAGGAUGAGCUCUGAGGAGUCUUUAGACGGUGAUGCUGUUCUGAAUGAGAGUGGCCUUGUUCUCACACCAGUGGUAGAUUUGCCAUCUUCUCCUCGUGUGGUCGAGACACCCAUAGGUUCAAUAAAGGACCGGGUUCAAGCCUUACAAAACAAAGUCAAAGGAGAGGAGGGCCAAAAACACACUGAGGUACAGAUUUCAAGAUCGUGCCUUACAAAAACCAAAAUGGAAAGUGAAAUGCCUCAGCUGCCCAGCGUUCCCAAAUCUCCCAGAUCUCAAACAGAAAGAUUAGAAGAGACUAUGUCUGUUAAGGAGCUGAUGAAAGCAUUCCAGAUCGGCCAGGACCCUUCUAAAAAUAAAUCAGGGCUUUUUGAGCACAAAGCAUUGGCUUCUUGUGACUCCACGCUAAAAAGUGAAUCAACAGAUUUUGAUGAGGAAAAUGGGACUGACCAAAGUCCGCAAUCACAAAAAACCCAAAGUCAAAGCCUCAGAGUUCCCCAUCAUGAGAAUGACUUUCAGAAAAGUGACAAAGCUGACUCUGGAAGUCCACCAAUAGGCAUACUUAAAGAUACCUCUAAAGAAUCACCUCUAAUUUCGGAUGCAAAUGUUGGAAAGACUGUUACAUUUUGUUAUGAUAGAGGUAUUCACUCAUACAUAAAGUCAACUGAGCCUUCUGAAAAGGAAAGUAUGUCUGUUAAGGCGCUAAUGAGAGCAUUCCAGUCUGGGAAACAGCCUUCAAAAAGUCAAGAUGGGCAUUUUGAGUACAACUCCAUUGCUCCUUCAAGUAUUUCGACACCGGAAGCAGUCGCUCUCAAAGAAGGCACCAGCACACAGGAAGCAAAAUCUCAAAUUCAAACUACACACUACAAGUCCCUUGAUGCAUUACAGCUAAUGUCAGAUACUGUUUCUUUUGGAAACAAAUUAGACAAUGCUGAUACAAUUCAGCAUGAUAAGGGUAGGACUAGUCCUCAGAGAGAACUACUAACGAACAGGGGCAGGGGAAUGAUGCAAGUUGCAGAGCAAUCUAUCAGCACCGGAAGGACAUUAUCUGAUGAUUUGCAGAUAAGCCCUGACCGCAGACCUUCUGAAGACUUCAGUGCUGACAUAAAGGCUGAGCUUGAAGAAAGUCCUGAGUACCAGCUAUUUAAGCAAACACCCACAGCCUUAGAUGUGAGCUUUGAACUGGAGGGAUCGGAUGAUGAGACUUUGAUUGAUAGACUAUCGAUCUGCAGUUCUUUCAGGGAAACAAUUUUUCCGACUGAGAAUCAAAUGAUAGAUGAAGGACCUGCAUUCGCCCAUCAGAUGAACAAUGAUAAUGAAGUUAAAGAAAUCCCUGUUGAUGAACCACUACUUGAAGAAGUCCACAUUAGUAGGAAAACAGAUAAGCAGAAAUGCAUGUCAGCAAAAGAUAUGUCAGGAAUUAUGUCCUUUAUGAAAACUGACUUGGAUGAGUAUCUACAAACUAGGCCUGUUCCAAAUCAGCCACCACACCAAGUUAUUAUUGAUGAAAAUUUUGAACAAAUUAUCCUAAGUAAGGAAAAAGAAAAAGAUAGCUGCACAUUUUCAUUUGGUAGUAUUGGUACAGAACAAGAAACUGAUCAUAAAAAGUUGAAAGAUCAGUCAUUGAAAAUGCAAGCUGAAGAAGCAGAGGACGAAUGUGAAAAAUCAAAAGGUGCAAAAAGGAGGUCUGGGAUGUCAUCAGUCAACAAUGAUUUCGAUCAGUUUCUGGAGGCCAGUCCAAUGCCGAGUUCGCCAGUGGAACAGAAAAAUUUGAAAAAUAAAAUUGAAGAAACAGUUUCUGGAAUAGACAAAAAUAGGACACAUCAUUCAAGUUUGGCACAGAACUAUGAGGUUCCAGAGACCCUGCAAGUGAAUAAUCAGAUACCUUCUUGCUUGCACGAUGAAGUAGUGAACGAUGAAAGAAAAGUGUAUGCAACAAGUGAUCAUGGAAACGAUGCAUUGUUUUCAAAAUGUGAUAGUGGAACUGAAAAAACCACAAUGGAGGAACAGCUAUUUCAAGAAGUCCAUGUUGGCAGGGAAGCACAUUACCAGCCACCUGCAACAGUCAAAGAUAUGUCAGGGUUGGUGUCCUUAAUGAAGACUGACAUGCAUCAUUGUCUAGAAACUAGGCCUGUAACAGAUCAACCCCCACAAGAGAAUAUCACUGAUGAAAAUUUUGAACAAAUUAUCCUUGUAAAGGGAAAAGAAAAAGAUAUUCACCCAUUUGCUUCUGAUAUGGCUGGGUUUGGCACAGAACAGAAGCACUGUAAAGAAAGUUAUUUAAGAGAAGACAGAAAUGAGACAUCUCAUUACAGUUUGGGAGAUGAGUAUGAAGGGCUUGCAGUAGCCCCUCAGGUGCACAAUGAUAGUAAAGACAUCGCAAUAGAUGAACCACUACUUGAACAUGUCCAAAUUAGUAGGAAAACAGAUAACCCAGCACCCACAGCAGUGAAAAAUAUGUCAGGGUUGGUGUCCAUAAUGAAAACAGACAUGGAUCAAUGUCUCAAAUCUAGUCCUGUAACAGAUCAACCCCUGCAAGAGGAUAUCAGUGAGGAAAACCUAGAAAAAAAUAUCCAAACAGAAGUAAAAGAGAAAGACAUUCAUCCAUUUGCUUCCGAUGAGGCUGGAUUCGGCACAGAACAGAAACAUUUUGAACUAACUGAUAUAAGAGAAGACAGAAAUAAGACACCUCAUUCCAGUUUGGGAGAUGACUAUAAAGGACUUGCAGUGGCCCCUCAGGUGAACAAUGAUAAUACAGACACCACAACUGAUGAACCACUACUUGAAGAAGUACACAUUGGCAAGAAAACAGAUUCCCAGGCACCCACAACAGUGAAAGAUAUGUCAGGGUUGGUGUCUUUAAUGAAAACGGACAUGGAUCAAUGGCUCGACUGUAGUCCUGUAACAGAUCAACCACUACAAGAGGAUAUCAUUGAAGAAAAAUUUGAAUUUUUUUUCCAAACAAAGGCAAAGGAAAAAGACAUUCACCCAUUUGCUCCUGAUGAGGAUGGGUUCGGCAAAGAGCAGAGACCUUUUGAAGAAACUGAUAUAAGAGAAGACAGAAAUAAGACACCUCGUUCCAGUUUGGGAGAUGACUAUGAAGGAUUUGCAGUGGCCUCUCAGGUGAUCAAUCAUAAUGAAGACAUCACACCUGAUGAACCGCUACUUGAAGAAGUCCACAUUGGCAGAAAAACAGAUUACCAGCCACCCAUAGCAAUUAAAGGUAUAUCAGGGUUGGUGUCCAUAAUGAAAACAGACAUGGAUCAAUGUCUUGACUCUAGUCCUGUAACAGAUCAACCGUUGCAAGAGUGUAUCAUUGAGAACAAUUUUGAACAAAUUAUCGGAACAAAGGGAAAACAGAAAGGCAGUCACCCAUUUGCUUCUGAUGAGAAUGGGUUCAGCACAGAGCAGAAACAUUCUGAAGAAACUGAUAUGAGAGACGACAGAAAUACGACACCUCAUUUCAGUUUGGGAAAUGACUAUGAAGAAUAUGUUGAGGCCCCUCAGAUGAACAAUGAAGAAAUCACAAUUGAUGAACCACUUCAUGAACAAGUCCAUAUUGGCAAGAAAACCAAUGAACAUGUAUCCACAGCAGUAAAAGAUAUGUCAGGGUUGGUGUUCAUAAUGAAAAAUGACUUGAAUCUACUUCUAGAAACGAGGUCUGUACCAGAUCAACCUACACAAGAGAAUAUAAUUGAGAAAAAUUUUGAACAAAUUAUCUUAACAAAGGGAAAAGGGAAAGGCAUUCACUCAUUUGCCUCUGAUAAGUCUGGGUUUAGCACAGAAAAAAAACGUUCCCAAAAAAAUGUUAGAACAGAAGACAGAACCAGAACAUCUUGUUCCAGGUUGAGAGACGACUGUGACGACUGUGACAACCCUGCAGGGGCCCCUCAGGUAAAUGAUAAUGAAGACAUCGCAAUUGAUGAACCACGACUUGAAGAAGUGCACAUUGGCAGGAAAACAGAUCACCAGGCACCCACAGCAGUGAAAGAUAUGUCAGGGUUGGUCUCCAUAAUGAAGACAGACAUGGAUCAAAGUCUCAAAUCUAGUCCUUUAACAGAUAAACCGCUACAAGAGGAUAUCAUUGAAGAAAAAUUUGAACAAAUUAUCCAAACAAAGGGAAAAGAGAAAGUCAUUCAUCCAUUUGCCUCUGAUGAGGAUGGGUUUACCAGAGAACAGAAACAUUUUGAAGUAACUGAUAUCAGAGAAGACAGAAAUAAGACACCGCUUUCCAGUUUGGGAGAUGACUAUGAAGAACUUGUAGUGACUCCUCAGAUGAACAAUUAUAAUGAAGAAAUCACAAUUGAUGAACCACUAUUUAAAGAAGUCCAUAUUGGCAAAAAAAACAAUAACCAGGCAACCACAGCAGUGAAAGAUAUUUCAGGGUUUGUAAUGAAAAAUGACGUGGAUCAAAGUGUAGAAAUUAGUACUGUACCAAAUCAACCACAGCAAGAGUAUAUAAUUAAUGAUCAUUUUGAACAACUUAUCUUAACAAAGGGAAACGAGAGAGACAUUCACCGUUUUGCCUCAGAGAAGGCUGAGUUUGGCACAGAACUGAAACAUUUUGAAGAAACUGUUAUAAGAAGAGACAAAAAUACAACACCUCAUUCCAGUUCGGGAGAGGACUGCGUGGGACUUGCUGUGGCCCGUCAAAUGAACGCUGAGAAUGAAGAAAUCACAAUUAAUGAACAACUACUUGAAGAAGUCCACAUCGGCAAGAAAAUCAAUAACCAGGCUCCCACAGCAGUGAAAGAUAUGUCAGGGUUGGUGUGUCUAAUGACAACUGACUUGGAUCAGUGCCUAGAAAUGAACUUUGAAGAACAACCACCACAACAGGUUAUUGAGGAAAGGUUUGAGCAAAUUAUCUUAAUAAAAGAAAAAGAUAAGGACAUUUAUUUAUUUGAUUCGGGUGAAAUAAAAGACCAAGUUGUAGUUGGAACCACAGAAACUGAUCAUGCAAAGAUGGAACAUAAUUUAUUUGAAAUAAAAGCCCAAAACACAGAGAAUGAAUCUGAAGAAUCCAAAGCCACCCUAGAUGUAAAAAGGAUUUCGGGAAAAAUGUCAGUCAAUGUUAGUGAGUUUAAUAUAAUUGUAGAGGACAAGUCUAUGGCUAGCUGGUCAAAGGAAGAAAAUAAUUAUCAGAAACAGGAGCAUGUCACUGAUGAAGUUAUAAUGGAUGACACAACUCAAACAACAGAUGAAAGUCAAGCCUUCACUAAAGAGCUCGCUUUGACAGAAGAAUGGAUGGGACUAAAGCCUUCAUAUCAACCAUCUUCCAAUGUAAAGGAGAUGUCGGGCAUGAUAUCACUGCUGAAGAGUAACUUAGACCGAUGUCUGAUGCAUAGGCCAGUGACAUAUCAGACUCAAGAAGAGGACAUUAUUCAGGAGACAUUUGAACAAGUUAAUCUUACUAUAGUCCAAAAAUCCUCUAGUGAAGAGAAAACGGAAAAUACCAACAAGCAAGAUGAGGCGACACUGACACAGAUGCAGAAUGAUGUGAUUGAAGUCAAAGACGUGACUCCAAGUUCAGUUUUUGAGGCCCCAUUCCAGGAAGUUUGCAUCGAGGAAAAGAAAUGCAAACCAGAGUCAAAAACUGAGAGGGAUAUAUCAGGCAUGUUGUCACUCCUGGGUGCUGACUUAGACCAUUGUUUAAAGGAAGAACCAGUCCUGACACAACACCACCCAGGAGAGGAGGUAGUCCAUGAGCACUGCAAACAAAGUAUAAUAUCAAAAGAUCUUGACAGUGAAACAUAUAAAUCUUCUUCUGAAAAUAGCACAUUAUCAGAUGAUACCAGAUCAAAGCAAAUGAAAUGCAAAACUUAUUCACAUGAAGAUGAAAGUUGGAAGAAUUUCCUGGCUGAAGAGGCUCUAGCUAAAAUGUGUCCUACUGGAGAGUCACAUUUUAGCAACUACAGUGAUAGUACUGUGAAAUUUACAAAGCCAUAUGAAACAAUGGGUGAAUGCAAGAAUCAAUAUAACUAUAUCAAUUUCGGUGCUACCGGAACAUCUACACCACAAAGGCCACAUGAUUUACAGAACCUAGCCACUUUCGGUCUUGAUGAACAAGUUAAAGAGCUUUAUCCACAAGACUCUCUGGAGGCAAGUCCGGUCUUGGAGGAUAUAUCUUCGAACAAAUCCCCUGAUUCCAUUGAGCCAAGCCCUACUAGAGAAUCCCCUUGUCCAGACUCUCUUGAAGGAAGUCCCACACAAUCAGAGGAAACUGGAGACAGGAUAUUGUCAGCCAAGGCAGCUUUGUACGAGGAUUAUGCAUCACAACUUAAAGCAUGUCUAGCUUUUGACACAAAUAUUUACAAAAAUGACAAUGAAUCAGAAAACAUCACGCAAAUGGAAGGUGAUAAAUACCCACCUUUCCAUGAUGAUGAAACCGAGGACCAUUCCACAAUCAAUCAAUUUACCCCAGAAGAGGAGAUGUUUAAAAUGGCUGCAAGAAUCAAAACUUUUGAUGAAAUGGAACAGGAAGUUAAAACCAAGAAAGCUACAUCCCCAUAUACACCAUUACAGACAAGGGAUCAUGAAGAUGUUGAGCUAGAUGUAAAAAUGUCCCCAGCUAUGCGAUCUUCUUCGCAAGAUACAGCAGAGGAAUAUUUUGAAAAAACAGUCACAGAAAAAGGUAUUGGUUCAAGUCUUGGUAUACACAAAGAGAGGGAAGAAUUUGAGUCACAAAUAACCGCACAGGACUUUUUUCCAGGAAGUGAAGAGUCUCUACAACUCUAUGACAAAAGUCAAAAUGAAAUACAUGACAAUGAAAGUAAUUCAAAGAAAGGUGCUGUUGAUACACAUUUUUAUAGCUGUGUUACAGAAGACCUCCAUCCAGAUAAUGACAGCAAAGACACCCUACGGCAAGGAAUUACUGAACCUUGGACUAUAGUGUGUGCGAAAGAAACACAAUAUUUUACAUCCAGGUGUGACGAUUCUGUAGCCUACAAUGGACAAGCUAAUGAACAGAGAAAUAAUUAUGAUUGUGCAGAGGACAGAAAAAUACUUGAUAAAUCACCUCCUCAAUCACCAAGUGAUGACAAAACCCCCGAUCAGUUUAAAUUUGAAGAGGGAAAGCUAUUUGAAAUGACCAGAGGGGGAGCAAUUGAUCUGACCAGAAGUGUUGAGGAAGAUAUUGAAGGAUGUGCAUUUUUUCAAAUAGAGGGACAUCCAGUCCAUGAAUUUGUUUCAGAGGAGACUGGGGAAGCGCAAAGCACCUUGUCAAAAUUCGACAAUAGUGAUUCAAUUGCAGAGGAGAUCCUACAGAACCCAACAGAGGUCAGUGUUCCUACUCCCAAACCCAGAACUCUCAAGACACCCUCAUGUGAGAAGUCAAAGAGUGACAAGCACCUUUCUGAAGCUGAUCUUGGUAGCUCAACAGAAGUUCAGCUCGGUUCCCCCACUGGAUUGGAGAAGCUGACAGUUAUUCAAGGUGAUGACAAAGGCCUUGGUGUAAACUAUCUUGACUCGACAAUAGCUGAUCGUCAGUCAAACACAAUCAUGCAUCAAUUAGCAUACCCAAAGCAGAGCUGUGAUUCAUUAUACUCCUCUGCUGAUGAGGAUGAGGAAGUAGAUCAGUGCUCGGUCAUUGAAACGUCUUUUUCAGGUAGACAGGCUAUUGCCAAUCAAGGCAGCAAAACAAAGGAGGAUAAUCACUUAAAACUGAGACGAUCCGCAAAGAACUCUGAGCCUGAAUUGGUUAACAAAACAGAAGACCCAACCAUAAUUCGCAGAACGAGAUCUGAGACAGAUUGUGCUCAAAAUAAAGCCUCAGGUAAAAACAGCAGGAGUAGUUCUGACAGUGCUCAACCCACAUAUGUACCAAGCCUUUCCUCAGCUAAACUUCUUUCCUCAACAAAGCAAAUGAAAGGAAUCCAAAGCUGUAAGACUGAAGAAUCAUCCCUUUCUUUGGAUACUGAUGAAAUCAGCAGCUCAAGUCACAAAAGUCCAGAUUCUGUUAUCUUUAUGUACGACAUCCCAGACUCGGACAUUUUAGAUUCAGAUCCUUUGAGGACUGUGCAACAGUCUUCUGGUACAGUGGAUGUGUUUGAAUCUAGGCCUACCUGGGAUGACAUGGAGGAAACUCAGAUGCUGAGAAUCACCGAUGAACAAACUCCAGAAUGCAUGGCAGUGGAUUGGCAGGAUGAUGCUGACAGGAAGGAGGAAACAUUAGCUAUCAUUGCGGAUCUGCUUGGCUUCAGCUGGACUGAGCUGGCAAGGGAGCUGGAAUUCAAUGAAGAUGAUAUUCAGAUAGUUAGGUCACAGAAUCCCAAUUCACUUCAAGAGCAGAGUCAUGCCUUGCUUCAACGUUGGGUUGAACGUGAAGGCAAACAUGCCACAGAAGAUUGCUUGAUUAAGAGACUGACUAAGAUCAACCGGAUGGAUAUUGUUCAUCUAAUUGAAACCCAGAUGAACAAGUCAAUUCAAGAACAAACCUCCAGGACAUAUGCAGAGAUUGAGAAGACAUUGGACCAUAGUGAAGUUUCAGUGGCCCUGUCUUCAGUGCAAGAGGAUGUGGAAAGCCCCAGGAUUAUGAGAAGGAUUGAAUCAGAUCGCAAACCUCCCCCAGCUGUUUCUGAAGAGGACCUCUCUGUAGCUUCUCUACUGGACAUUCCUUCAUGGGCAGAGCCUACUGGACAUAUCCACUCAGACAGCAUGCAUGGUGACCUUUUGGAGGAGCUUGAGAUCUCACAUGAACUCAACCCUAACUUGUGGACAUCAGAUGAUGUAAUUUCACACGAGCGUACACGCUAUGUCAACUUAGAUGAGCAAGCUGAUGAAAUGCCUGACCUUCCGACUCAGACUGUGACAGAAGAAAAGUACCAAGAUGAAAAUGGGCACAUUGUUGUCAAAAAGGUUACUCGAAAGAUUAUUCGCAAGUGUGUUUCGUCGGACGGUGUGGAACGGGAGGAGGUCUCGGUCGAGGGAUCCCCACAGAGGUCCAUAAGUGUUGGAGAGGGAGACGGAUACUCCAAAGUGGUGAAGCGCACUGUUCUAAAGAGUGAGGGAGACCAUACAGAGGUUACCUUUGCAGAAAGUGAGGGUUUCUCAGCAUCACAAGAGACCGCUGAGGUGCGUAAAGUCAGUCUGGCAGAAAGUACCAUUGUCGUAGAGGGUAAAAGAACUGUCACACACAAAGGGGAAUUGUCUUUGGACUCCGACCUCCCCACAGCCCAAGAGGACUUCAAACAGGCACUCGGUUAUAUAGGUGGUUUUACCAGAGCAGAGCUCCCCCAUGUGGUGGAAAGUGAGACUGUCAAAGAUGAUGGAACUGUGGUCACGAGGGCCCACAUGCGUAAAGGUCAGACCGUCAGACGGACGGUGGUGCAAGGUGCUGGGCAGCGCAAACAGGUCUUUCUCGAGCAAGUGGACGGCCCCACGAAAGGUUCCAAACCACACGAACUCCAGCAGCAUCUGCACCAGCUGUUUCACCACUACUAUGAAGAACACCAGGAGGACCACGAUGACGAUAAUGAAGACGAGGAAGAGAGAGAGUAGAAGAAUGUGGAACACACUCCCUUGCUACACUAACUAUCCUAUGCAUUUGCCACAUGCAAUCCCAGCGUGCACCUCAAAGCUACCACAGUCUUCCCAUUUAAGUCUGGAAAGAUUUUUUGAAAUUUUCAGUUUCCUUCCUUUGCUGGUGUUACAUAUUCAUUAAUUUCUUUGUUCUGACAUAGUUGUUUUUUUUGCCUUUUUUGUGACCAAAGAAUAUCUUUCCUGAUCAAUUUUAGGUUUUGUGUCAACAUAGUCUACAUUUAUUUUUUGUCUUUAUUAUGUGGUAAAGCAACAAAAAUAUCAGAAAUAAACAAGAAAUGCUAUUCAGUUAUAGCCCACACUGAACACUUCACCUAAAAAAAUACUCUCCUCAAUGGAUGCUUGAACGAAAAAAAACAAAAACUGAAAAGUUAUUCACGCGACACUGCCUCUCACCGCCAGACUUAGUGAGAUCUUCUUGGCGAAGAAAAGUCACUGAACUAAAGUCAGAUUAUACACAAGUGUAUUUAUUUAACUCCGAUCGCUGCUGCUGCUGUUGUGUUUUUGUGUAGGCUCUGUGUAAUGUGUCUUUCAGGCAUUCUGAUAGUAUCUAACCUAAUCUAGAUAAUACUGACAUCUGUAGCCUAGGAAUGAUUAAUUAAUCAUGUGAAGUCGAGCGGGCAUGACUAAUCAACAUCUGUCAUUAUGAUCCUGGCUUUGUAGUUUUUGUCCAUUUCCACCCCGUGCUGCGCCUUUCUAAUCCUUGUGUUACGUUUGAUUCGAGGAGACUUUUGUUGGCACUGUGUCCUAAAUUAUUGAUCAUAGCUCUUAUGGUAUGAAUGGUGAGCGUGUGAGGAAAUUUCACGUUGUUUUAUUUUAGAGGGCUAUUUUAUGUACUAGAUAACAAAUCCUCAGAAAAGGAGGAACAAAGGUGGUUGAAAUAGCCUUUUGAAGUACUUUUUUUUUUUUUAUUAUUUACCUUCAGUGACUCCAUUGGAUUCCCACCGCACCCCUAAUUUCUGACGCUAUAAUGUUUUGUUUUUUUUUUAGGCCAGUGAAAAGCUAUUUAUUGGGAAAAUAUGGCACAUAAAGUGAUGGUGGUUCCGGUGUAUGUAUUUAUUUAAUAUUAACAUGCUUGUUUUUGUUGAGUGUGCGACUGUGAGUGAAAGUUCUUUUUUUUUUUGAGUGAAUAGAGAUUUAUUUUACACAUGCUGUAUUUGCACUCCUGAAUGUCAGGGAUGGAACGCCUCCAUGCUUUUAGUGCACCCGCAGAGUUUCAGUCAAGUAUCACUGAUCGUCUAAUUCUUUGGCAGGACAGAUGGCGAGUAGUCACAAGCAUAUUGAGACCGUUUGAGAGAGCUUCAACAAAACUUAUUCCCGCUCAGAGCAUCGCUACGGUAUGGAACUCAACGUAAUGUUUUUAUUUCACUAUCACGAUUUCCUUUUGAGAGACGAGGAGUGGGGGGCGGGCGGGGGGUGGGGGACUGGGAGUUCACUGUGACAGGUAUACUGUACUUUUAAUUUGAAAAAUCAGCACCCCCUUUUUUCUGUGAUGCAGACAGUUAUAUAGUCAUAUGAUGCAUAUGUAUAAACAUCUAUAAGGGCAUGUAUUGCUGUUCAAAAGUAAAACAAAAAAAAGAUAAAAACAAAAUGGCUGCAGUGUGUUUAUGGCUGAUAGAGAAUAAAAGUCUAUGAAGUAA